GUCAAUUGGAAAAUAUCUGUAUUAUCCUAGAAAAAUGACAAAGUGGUUGUUGCUGGUGGUGUGUCUUGGUAUAGCUUGUCAAGAUGUAACAAGCGCAGCUGUGAAUCAUCAAAGAAAAUCUGCAAAUAAUUUGGCACAUUCUAUGAAAGUGAUCUACGAAUGGAAACACAUUGAUUUUGAUUUCGGUAGCGAUGAAAGAAGAGAUGCUGCGAUUAAAUCUGGCGAAUUUGAUCACACAAAAAAUUAUCCUUUCGAUGUGGACAGAUGGCGUGAUAAGACAUUUGUCACCAUAGAAAGAUACAAUGGUGUACCUUCUUCUUUGAACGUGGUAACUAAUAAAAAGGGCAAAGGUGGACCUCUUCUACGACCAUAUCCUGAUUGGUCGUUUGCCAAAUACGAAGAUUGCUCUGGAAUUGUGAGCGCUUUCAAAAUUGCGGUCGACAAAUUCGACAGAUUAUGGGUUCUGGACUCAGGUCUUGUCAAUAAUAAUCAACCUAUGUGCUCUCCAAAAUUGUUAACCUUUGAUCUGAAAACCUCAAAAUUGGUUAAGCAAGUCGAGAUACCACAUAAUAUUGCCGUAAACGCCACUACAGGAAUGGGAGAAUUAGUAUCACUAGCUGUUCAAGCUAUAGAUCGUACGAAUACUAUGGUGUACAUAGCAGACGAAAAAGGCGAAGGUUUAAUCAUGUAUCAAAAUUCCGACGAUUCCUUCCAUCGAUUGACUUCCAAUACUUUCGAUUACGAUCCCAGAUAUACCAAAUUGACAGUCGCUGGAGAAAGUUUCACAGUGAAAAAUGGAAUUUGUGGAAUUGCACUUAGUCCCGUGACGAACAAUCUUUAUUACAGCCCUCUCUCUUCUCACGGUUUGUAUUAUGUUGAUACGGAACAAUUCAGGGAUCCACAAUAUGAAGAAAAUAACGUGCAAUAUGAAGGAUCUCAAGAUAUUUUGAACACUCAAUCAUUCGGUAAAGUAGUAUCGAAAAAUGGCGUCCUUUUCUUGGGACUCGUGGGUAAUUCAGGUAUUGCCUGCGUGAAUGAACAUCAAGUACUUCAGAGAGAAAGUUUUGAUGUUGUCGCUCAGAAUGAAGAGACACUUCAAAUGAUCGUUAGUAUGAAAAUCAUGGAAAAUCUUCCACAAUCCGGCAGAAUUAAUGAUCCUGAAGGCAAUGAAUAUAUGUUGGCUUUGAGUAACAGAAUGCAAAAAAUAAUAAACAAUGAUUUUAAUUUCAACGACGUAAAUUUCCGAAUUUUGGGUGCGAAUGUAGAUGACUUAAUGAGAAACACUCGUUGCGGAAGAUAUCACAAUCAGAAUGCUGGCAAUCAGAAUGCUGACAAUCAGAAUGUUGACAAUCAGAAUGCUAACAAUCAGAAUGCUGAUAAUCAGAAUGCUAACAAACAAAAUGGUAAUAGACAAAAUGGUAACAGACAGAAUGAUAACAAGCAAAAUGGUAACAGACAGAAUGAUAACAAGCAAAAUGGUAACAGACAGAAUGAUAACAAGCAAAAUGGUAACAGACAGAAUGAUAACAAACAAAAUGAUAACAAGCAAAAUGGUAACAGACAGAAUGAUAACAAGAGGAAUGGUAACAGGCAAAAUGAUCAGAAUAAUCAGAAUGAUAAUAAUCGAAAUGAUAAUCAAGUUCAUCAUUCUUCAAAAUUACAUUAAAUCAAUCAAUUAUCAAUUAAAAUCAAUUAAGAUGUAAAUCAAAUUAUUUUUUAAAAUAUUUUUUCGAUGUAAACAAAAUUUUGUAAAAUCUUUCAUUAUAUUAUAAAUAAAUAAAAUAAAUAUCGUUUUCGCAUAA